UUCGCCGCAGAUUCGUUUUGCACCGCACUCACUUGACAAUGGGCCGCCAGCGCAUGCACGCCCAUUGAGUUAGUGCAGUCUAAAGUCCACAAUCCUUAUGAAUGUGAGUAUUCGGGCGUACGUUAUCAGAUAAACGUCAGAUCACAUCACAACGUGAUCAGUACCGGUGGUGUUGUACGCGAGUGUGUGUUUUCCACGUGCUACCGUGUGGUUGAACCGUCUGGUCGUAAACCGAGGAAAUAAAUCCACAGCAUCCGGGCUCUCCUCAGACUCCUGUGACUGUUUCAUAGCCUGCAAUCUAUAGCCGCCAUUCUUUUUGCCGACUGUUUAUAGAAGCGGGCGUGAAAGCGAGUAAAAUUCUAGCGCUAGCACUUAGCAUCGAGCGCUACAUCAGUAACGGUGGGUUUAACUUCGUCGGUGUGAAGUGAGUCUAGUUUCGGCUCACGUCUGCCUCCCAGAAGAAAAAAAUCUGAGGCGCCGCCGUCCGUCUGUCCGUCCGCACGGUUCCCCGUGCAAGUGAUCGCCAUGGCGAUAAAUCCGCACCACUUUGCCGAGCUGGACAAGCUGUACCAGACGCGCGAGGGGAUCCUCGUGCCGCGCAUGGCGUGGGAGGACCGCUGGAACGUCACCGAGGCCACGCUCUGGAUGCGCGGACACUGGCACUACUCCGUCUACGCGUCAAUCGUCUAUGUCGUCGCUAUCUUCGCGCUUCAGGACUGGAUGAAGAACCGUCCGAAGCUGGAGCUGCGGCUCCCCCUAGUGUUCUGGAGCAGCGCGCUGGCGUUGUUCAGCAUCGUCGGCGGCCUGCGUCAGUUUCCGGACUUUCGCUACACGGUGACAUCGUUCGGCAUCGACUUCUCGCUGUGCCGACUGCGCACGGGGAUGGAUGGCGACGCCGGGCUAUGGGGCUUCCUCUUUGCCAUCAGCAAGCUGCUCGAACUCGGCGACACCUUCUUCGUCGUGCUCAAGAAGCGGCCGCUGACGUUCCUGCACUGGUACCACCACGUCACCGUGUUCGUCUACUGCUGGUACUGCUUUGCGUUUCAUAGCGCGAGCAUCCGCUGGUUCUGCUUCAUGAACUACCUCGUGCACGCGGUGAUGUACGUGUACUACGCGGCGAAGGCGGCGCGCGUGCGCGUGCCCGGCGGCGUCAGCCGCUGCAUCACCGCGCUGCAGAUCUCGCAGAUGUUCGUCGGCAUAGCGAUCAUCGUCCGCGCGACGCAGCUGCACGUGCGCGGCUACGAGUGCGAUUACGACGAGGCGGGGUACACCGCCGGCGCGCUCAUGUACUUCUCCUACACCUGCCUGUUCGUGAAGUUCUUCUACGAUGCGUACAUGACACCGAAAAGGAAGCCUGUGGUUGGUGUUGCUGCGGAGAAGAAGACCGAGUAGGAAACGCGGCGUUCAGAAGAAGCUGGUUGGUGUUGCUGCGGAGUAGAAGACCGAGUAGGAAAC